UUUAACUCUUGAAAAAUGGCAACGUCUGCUAGUAGAAUCAAAAAUGUUAUUUUAACAGGAAGACCAGGAAUAGGAAAAACAACUCUUAUAAAGAAAAUCCACAGUGCUCUUAGUGAUUCUGGACUGAAGGCGAGUGGGUUCUACACAGAGGAGCUGCGAUCAGAUGGACAGCGGUUAGGAUUUGAUGUGGUUACCUUGGAUGGUAACAGAGGACCACUGGCGAGAAUACAAGACACUGAAAGUGGCAGUGUUUCACAUAAAAGGAGCCAUUUUGUCGGUAAAUAUGAAGUGAAAGUCACUUCAUUUGAAAACCUUGCUCUCCCGGCCUUGAGGAUACCAAAAAAUCUGCAGGCAGAUACUGGACAUUCUCAAAUUUUUAUCAUUGAUGAGAUUGGUAAAAUGGAACUCUUUAGUCAAACAUUUGUGACCAUGGUGAGGGAACUUCUAAAGAAUCCCAGCUCUUUCAUCAUAGCCACAAUACCAAUACCUAAAGGCAGACCAAUUCCUUUUGUGGAAGAAAUCAGGAACCACAAUCAGACACAACUCUUCACAGUCACCAUGGAAAACAGGAACCAUAUUUUGGAUGAAAUCUUGAGUACAGUACACUCAGUUGUUAGAUAGGAAUAAUACCAUCUGAUGUGUUCUAAAACAGUUUAUAUUAGAAUUUCAACUGUAAAAAAGGGGGUUAUAAAUCUAACAUUUGUAAUUACCCGGUACCUUCUCAACAUUAAAUAAAUGUUGCAUAAUCUUA